UCGAUAGAUAAGCUGUAGGGAAUUUAGUUUAAGAUGAGUUGGUUAAGAGGCAAAGAGGUGGUUAAUAUCGAGCGGGAUCUAGAAAUGCAUGUAAGACAUACGUUUGGUAUAUUUCUCUUCAGUUGUUCCAUCAUUGUGUUAUCUUCCUCAUCAUUACUCCUGAAGGCCUUUACCAAAACUUAAGGCGCAGGCUUAGAAGACACCAUUAUUGACGAUUCUGUCUGAAUUUAUGCGUGCUUUACACAAUCUCGAAGUGGCUUGAGGCUGCUAAUCUUUAUGUUGGAUCGGUUUUUAGAACAUGGUGGUUUACGCAAAGAUUUCUUCCAAAAGAUAUUUAUAACUCGAUGAGAUAGUAGUCAAUUACAAUUAUAAGCUUUAUUAUAAUGGCAAACAAUACUGAUUUCAAUAUCGAAGACGACAACCAUGGCUCCGCCUUACGUCACAGUGGCGUUGAAACGAUUCAUACACAAGUUCGCAAGAAACAUGUCGAAACUAUCGAAAUGCCAAAACUCAGUAAUUCUGAUUCUCCAUCAUCACAAUUUUUAACAAAGCUGAAGAAAGAGCCUCAACAGGUUCAAAUGACUGGCCUGCCAGAGCGUGGUUCAUGGUCAUCCAAGCUAGAUUUCAUCUUAUCGGUUGUCGGUCUUGCUAUUGGACUAGGCAAUGUUUGGCGAUUCCCAUAUUUAUGUUACAAAAAUGGUGGUGGUGCAUUCCUUAUUCCAUACUUUAUGACUUUAAUAUUGGCCGGUAUACCAAUGUUUUUUAUGGAACUAGCGUUGGGUCAGAUGCUAACAAUUGGUGGCCUAGGAGUAUUUAAAAUAGCUCCUAUAUUCAAAGGUAUCGGAUAUGCUGCUGCCGUAAUGUCGUGUUGGAUGAAUGUUUACUACAUCGUAAUUCUGGCGUGGGCUGUGUUUUAUUUCUUCAUGUCCAUGCGGGCAGAUGUGCCUUGGCGUUCGUGUAACAAUUUCUGGAAUACUGUGAAUUGUGUCAAUCCAUAUGAGCGUAACGACUUACAUUGUUGGAAUAAAUCUAUCAAUGGAACUUUAAAAAAAAUUUGUUCACUAACUGUGGCAAACGUUUCCGCUUCAGAUCUCACGGAUCCAGUGAAAGAGUUUUGGGAGCGACGCGUUCUUCAAAUAUCUGAUGGCAUUGAACAUAUUGGCAAAAUCCGCUGGGAAUUGGCUGGGACCCUUUUACUUGUAUGGAUUUUGUGUUACUUCUGUAUUUGGAAGGGAGUCAAAUGGACGGGCAAGGUUGUUUACUUCACUGCUCUAUUUCCAUAUGUUUUGUUGACUAUACUGCUUAUCCGUGGUAUAACACUGCCAGGAGCUUUUGAGGGGAUAAAAUUCUAUGUGAUACCAAACUUUUCCAAACUUACGGAAUCAGAAGUAUGGAUCGAUGCCGUUACCCAAAUGUUCUUUUCCUACGGUCUAGGCCUUGGGACCUUAGUUGCCCUUGGCAGUGAUAACAAAUUUACUAAUAACGUCUAUAAGGAUGCGUUAAUUGUAUGCACAGUUAACUCAAGUACAAGCAUGUUUGCUGGAUUCGUGAUCUUUUCGGUUGUGGGUUUUAUGGCGCACGAACAGCAAAGACCGGUAGCAGAAGUUGCGGCAUCUG